AUGGCUCUAAAGAAUGAGACGCAAAUUACCUUGCAGGCUCUCUCGCAGAGUCACCCAGACCCAGCCAGCAAAAUCAAUGGUAUUGAGCUUCACGACAGCUCUGACUUGGAUGACAAUCUUGGCGAGAGACGACCCGAUGGGAGGGUUGAGAUUCGCGAGUCAGACUGCUACGAGAAAUUGGGCUUUUGCUUUCCCACUCUGAAGAAAUGGACUAUCCUCUGCGUUAUUUUUGUCGUUCAGAUAUCAAUGAACUUCAACACUAGUGUGUAUGCCAACGCAAUCAGCCCUAUGGCCAAGCACUUUUCUCUUCCAGAAAGUAUCAUCAGGCUAGGCCAAAUGAUCUUCCUUGUUGCCUAUGCAUUUGGCUGCGAACUAUGGGCGCCAUGGAGCGAAGAGCUUGGUAGAUGGCCCGUGAUGCAGCUCAGUCUUCUCUUGGUCAAUGUUUGGCAAUUGCUUUGCGCAAUGGCCCCCAGUUUUCGUUAUGUUCUCAUUGGUCGCUUUCUUGGCGGUCUCUCAUCUGCAGGCGGUUCGGUAACUUUAGGUAUGAUUGCAGAUAUGUGGGAAGCCGAUGACCAGCAGUUUGCUGUCGCAUUCAUUGUCCUGUCCUCGGUUGCUGGGUCAGUCUUUGGUCCCAUAGCUGGCGGCUUCAUAGAGGUCUAUCUUCCUUGGAGGUGGAACUUCUGGAUUCAGCUCAUCGUUGGUGGGGCGGUACAAUUAUCCCAUUUCCUUCUGGUCCCGGAAACCCGUGCAACCAUUCUUCUAGAUAGGGAAGCCAAAAGAUUGCGAAAAACUGGCGUCGCCGAAAUAUACGGCCCCGGGGAAAUUCACGGCCGCGGCUACACCUUAAAAGAGCUUUGUGAAAUAUGGAUGCGUCCCUUUAGCAUGUUUGUUCGGGAGCCCAUUGUAUUCUGCUUGUCUCUUUUGAGCGGCUUCAGUGACGCGCUUAUAUUCACCUUUUUGGAAUCCUACCAGCCCGUGUUCUCGCAGUGGGGCUUUUCAACCAUCCAAAUAGGCCUUGCAUUCAUUCCGAUUAUUGUUGGGUAUUUUAUAGGAUACUUGACCUUUAUCCCUGUUAUCUUACACAAUAAGAAGGAUGUCAUACGAAGGCCAUAUCGCACAACGCCAGAAAGGCGUCUAUGGUGGCUUCAGUUUACUGCUCCCCUUGAGACUUAUUGUAUCUAUAUGGCUACCAUUGAUUACAUGGUUGCCAGCUAUGGUCCGUAUUCCGCAUCAGCAACAGGUGGGAAUGCAUUUGCCAGAGACCUCCUGGCUGGUAUCGCUGCAUUAUAUUCGACACCAUUUUACCAAAAUGGUCACCCACAAUACGAACUUGUCUAUCCAUCCUUAAUUCUCUCGGCUAUCGCACUUAUUGUCACCAUCCCAAUUUACAUAUUUUGUCGCUAUGGGCCGCAGAUACGUAAACGUUCAAAGUUUGCGCAAACUGUUGCUAGCGAUAGAGAUGCAAUUCUUAGGCGCCGCGCCAGACGUGCAAAUAGACAGAGCACUGAAAAAUCGGGAACAGAGGCUUGA